CUGUUUUCUGUUUUCGGUUUUGUGUGUUUAUUCUUUUUUUGCUGCAAGUGCGAUUUCUGAUGUUCUCUUCCGUUCCAUUCCAUUCGCGGUGUCAUUUUUGUAGGCCGAAAAGUGCAUAAAAUAGCCGUUACUUGUGGUUACCGCAAAGAACCGUUUUACCAAUUUUGAAAUGCCAAUGCCGCUAGACAAAAGCAUCAAGGAGAAGAGGAACACUGCAUCAACAGUGGCAGGAGCCGCCAUUACAAGAUAAAUUGGGGAACCAUUUAAAAGCGUAAAGCCCGUACACACACACAAACACACAGAUAAAAACAGAUAAAGAUAAAGAGAGCAAAUAAGAAGAGAUCUCAGCGUAACGCCUACGGCAGCAAAAACGGGUGGGUGGCAGGAGGAAGGAGGAGCAACGAAAAAGCUGCUGACUACAACAAAAAUUCUCAAAUGGAGACGAAGAACCCACCCCCAGUGACGACUAGCAACUAUCACCACCAGCGGGCGCCGCGCACACCGGAAAGCUACUUCAAUGUGCCAGAGUCGGUGGCACUGCUGAAUAUUGUGAAGUCGGAGCGGAUACAGAGCGCGUUCCAGUCGAACCGGAAGAACCAUGCCAGCGUGUGGGAGAUGGUGGCCGAGGUUCUGAACCGGUUCAGUGCCCGCAAGCGGACGGCCAAGCAGUGCUGCAACCGGUACGAGAACCUCAAGAAGAUCUACACGCAGCUGAAGAAGAAUCCGGAGCGCCACGUGCGUCGCAACUGGCCGUACAUGUUCCUGUUCAAGGAGAUCGAGGAGCAGCGCGGCGAGUGCUGGGGCUCCAACGGCAAGCGCCUGGCGCUCAUUUCCAAGAAUCACAACGAGCUAUCGUACUAUCAGCGCCGACGGCAGGCAGCCGAGCUCGGCGUCCUGCUGAACAAGGACAAUCUGACGCCCCACCAGCACAACCUGCUGCAGAGCCUCAGCCAGAGCCAUGCACACUCCACGGACUCGUCGCAGAGUGGGGCCAGCAAGCUGGAGCGCUUCCUGCCCAACCACUUUGUUGAGACGCAGCUGAGCGAGGUGCCCUGCUCCAACGGCAACGGGCUGACGGUGGGCAUGCCUGCCGGCGUCUACGACGACAACCCCAAUCCCCUUCAGCUGCAUGUGGCUGGGGCUGUGGCGGCCGCCGCUGCUGCCGCUGCCGUGGCCGCCCAGAAGCGGAGCCAUGAACUGCACCUGAGCAAUGGCGGCUGUGUCCAGCUUCCGCCGGACGAGGACGAGGACGACGAGCCACAGAAUGCUGCAUUUAAGGAUCAUCAUCAUGGACACGUCCAUGGUCUGGGGCAUGGUCUUGGCCUGGGCCAUGGUCUGGGUCAUGGUCAUAGUCAUGGGCACAUGGAUGACACCGUCGAAGCGCCCGACUACGAGAAGGACUGCAAUGGAGCCCUCAACUUGCACCAUCAGACCAAUAACAACAACGACAACAACAUAUCCAUGAAAUCGGAGCCACUUUCGGAGGGGGAGUUCAAUCCGGAUGACAUUCAGCUGAUGCAGACCAACUACAAUGGGACACAGAACUAUUACUCGCCGGGCAUGGACCAGAACAUACUGCAUCCGGAUGUGAUCGUGGACACGGACAAUCUGUCCGACUGCAGCUCCUCCACCUCGUUGAAGAAGAGCAAGCGCAAGCUGUCCACCUCCACCGAUGGCGACAGCACCAACUACGAGCUGAUCGAGUAUUUGAAGCGGCGCGAGAAGCGCGACGAAGAACUCCUCAAGCGGAUGGAUGCACGCGAGGAGCGCUUCAUGAAUCUUCUGGAGCGGACGGUGAUUGCCAUUGAGACGCUGGCUGCGGGCAGGACGUCAGUCCCGGUGUUGGUGGCAGACACAGGCACCCAGCUGGGUACCAACAGUCAGUCGAUAGCUCCUUCUCCCUCAGCACAGACACCACCAGCAGCAGCAGCGGCAACAGCAACAGCAGCAGCAACAAUAGCAGCAGCAGCUUCACCGCUACCGCCAGCAUCCUCCACUCAUCUGAUAGCCAAACCCUCCGAGCAGUCCAUCCCCGUAUUGUCAGUCAAAACGUCACCCAGCCCCCGCAGUCGCAGUCCGACAUUGGAGCGGGAGGAACCAAGCAGCGCUGUUGUUGUGGUCCCCGAUGAACCGGAAGUCGAUGCUCAGGCCGAGGCACUGGCAGCGGGUGCUACAUCUACGGAUGCGUAGGAUAUAUAUAUAUUUGUACAUGUAUGAACGCUCUCUAGAUCUACUACUUAAUCCCCCACAAUAUCUACCAAACACCACUCCUGAACCGGAUGGAGGAGACCCGGAUCGGAGAAAUUAGUACCAAAGACGAGCUACGUCUCGAAUUUUAAUUGAGAUUUGCAACGUUUACUUAGUGCCGCGGACGCAGCGCCAUCCCCGUUCCA